AUGGCAUCCAUGGUCGAUAAGUCGAUCUUCACUUCCGGCUCCAAGACCUCGAUUGAAUGCUCUGGUGAUGGUUCUCGUCUUUUCGCGGUCAAUAAAAGUGGGUUGACUAAAAUCUUACAGUUGAACAAACCAGAGGAAGAACCCGAUGUGCUCGAGACCUGUCGGGACCCUACAUCAAUUUCAGUCUUGUCAAACUCGACGUUUAUAAUGGGGUCCAUAAAAGGUGACGUCAAUCUCUACAGCUCCCAAGAAUCAGAGAGCAGGCUCUUAUUGAGAUGUGCUCUCCCAGUGCGCGACGUGGAGCUUGUACAUGAUGGCAAAACAAUAGCCAUUGGUGGAGACGAUCUCGAAGUAACGCUUUUCUCCCUCUCUGAACAUUCAGAACGUGCCAAGACCACCUUGAAAGUCGAAGACCAGGUGCGCAAAUUGUCCUACAACCCGCAGAUGAGCGUUUUGGCGGUAUCUCAAGUCAAUGGCAGCAUCCACUUCUAUUCAUUGACUUCAACAACACCGCGCCACAUCCAUAGGCUUGACAAUUGCAUAGCGUCUCAUUUUUACAACGACGAUUUUCAGGAUGCACUCUUGCAGGCCGUCGACCCAACGGAGGCUGACGAAGCUUUGGAGGAUGUCAAGGACCCUGAGUUUUGCGAUGAAAAUAGAGUGUGCUCGCGAGUUGAAUGGCACCCGCAUGGACUGCAGUAUGCGGUUCCUUGCCAGGAUAGGUCUAUCAAGAUUUACAAUCUCAAGGAUUAUGCCCAGAUCAAAACGCUGACUUACUCUCAAAUCAAGAGAGAAUUCGUCGAUAUCAGAUACAGUCCACAAAACGGCUCUUAUAUUGCAGCAUUAGAUCUGGACAACAGACUCACGAUUUGGGAUACGAAUACCGGCGAAGUUCAUACCACUCGUGAAAUAAAGCAUAAGGUUACCAAUUUUGGUUGGGCUCUUCAGUCGAACAAUAGUUUGGACCUUCAUUUUGGUACAUGGAACGGUGGUAUCAUAAGUAUCAGAAAUGUGGCGGAAAAUAUCACUAAGCCGCCUAUCCUGCAUGAGAAGGACAAACCGUCGGAGAAUAACAAUCUUUUUGUGAACUCUGAAGACGAGCAUAGCGACGCUUCCGGUAAUCACCAAAAUCAAGUGGACGGUGUAGAGAACGCUCACGGAAAUCUGGAUGAUUCGCAAGGUCUGUUCACAGACGACGAAGCGAGUGGACCUAAAAGAAUGCAUCUCAACGACGAGGACGAUUUUAUCGACGAUGAUGACGGUGCUGGUUAUGUGGUCAAGAAGCCCAAAUACACAAGCUCUGCAUCGUAUGCACCUGCUUCGUUCAACAAGGAGAUCCGCGCGCCGAGGUUCCGUUAUCGCCCCUACUCUCCGGGCGGGACGCCAUUUGGGACGUCGGAUAGGCGAUACUUAACCAUGAACAACAUCGGAUACGCUUUUACCGUCAGGACAGGGGAGGGGUCUUCGUCUUCUCGAAGUACCGUGACAACGUCUUUUUUCGAUUCGGGACGCUACAAAGAGUAUCAUUUUGAGGAUCUAUACGGGUACGAUAUCUGUUCUUUGACCGAAGAUGGCGCUCUUUUCGCGCAAUCCAAAACCGGGCGGCUAUAUUACCGCGCUCACAGCAACGUUGAGUCUUGGAAUAAGCUCGUCCCCCUACAGAAGUCCGAGAAAAUCACGUCGGCGGCUGCGACCUCGAAAAAAAUAGUGGUUGGAACAUCGUUUGGUUACGUCAGAACCUUCAACCUUUUUGGAGUUCCACUCGAGAUUGAGAAAGUAGCUCCAGUAGUUGCGCUGGCUGCCCAGGACUAUAAAGUCUUUGCAGUUCACUUUUCUCCGCACCACGGUAUUACAUAUACGUUAUUCGAGCAGAACCCUCAAACUGGCAGCAGAUAUUACAACAGAGAGACUUCUUUGCCAAUUAAACUUCCGACAGAUUUUGGAGAUGAUGACGACGACGAGCUAAGCGAAACAUUCGCAGCAUUUAGUCCGCUGGGUAUAAAGUCCCUAUUCUUUUCCGCUUACGGUGAUCCAUGUAUAUUCGGGGCAGAUGACGUGCUUCUGGUACUUUCAAGAUGGAGAACUAACGCCCAGAGUAGAUGGGUCCCACUUAUGGACACGAAACUGGAACUUUGGAAAAGUACCAAUGGCAGAGAAGUCAAGGAUCUUCACGUGUGGCCCUUGGGCUUAACUUUUGAUGUGCUAAACCACAUCCUUGUGAAGGGCCAACAUGUGUGGCCCGACUUUCCCAUGCCCCUACCGUCUGAAAUGGAGGUAAGAGUUCCCUUGAUCAUCAAGAGUGAGGUUCAAUUGAACCGCGAUGCAGAAAACGAACAGGAGUUGCAAAUUCCUGUGCAGAUGGCUGCAGAGGAAGAGUUUGUGCGCUCCAAAUUUAUGAGCGAGCUACUGACGGACACUCUAGAGCACGAGGGUGAAGUUUACGGAAACGAGAACCAGAUUCUUGCGACUUUGAAUGCAACUUACGACAAGUCUCUGCUGCGACUUUUCGCUACUGCUUGUUCGGAGCAAGAUAUUGGUAAAGCUCUCACUUUGGCGCAAGAACUAAAGCAAGACAAGGCCCUCAAUGCAGCUGUCAAGAUCGCAGAAAGGGCAGAGCUAAUGAAUCUGAUGAGGAGGGUCAACGACCUACGCGAAGCUCGCUACGAACAGCAAUUGAAUAAUAUUUGA